AGGGCGCUGCAGCGCUUCAUAAGCUUGAAUUCUCCGCUUGUACUUUGGCACUUCCUCUCAAGUAAUGGCGUCCGUGUGAAACAGUCCUAUCGCAAACAUUGAGCUAGGUUGUCACAAAAACUAACCAACAGGGCCACUAAAAUAGCGAUUUGAACAAGAUGCCGGUGAGUGUAGGAUCGUACGGACAGCAGGCUCAGCCCAGCUGCUUUGACAGAGUCAAGAUGGGCUUCAUGAUGGGCUUUGCUGUAGGAAUGGCUGCAGGUGCCAUGUUUGGGACUUUCUCCUGUCUCAGGAUUGGCAUGCGGGGUCGAGAGUUGAUGGGCGGAGUUGGGAAGACGAUGAUGCAAAGCGGUGGUACGUUUGGGACCUUCAUGGCGAUUGGGAUGGGAAUCCGCUGCUGAGAUCACACUAAUGCCACUCAAGUAAUAGGACUUUGAAGCAUUUUCCAUUCACCCGUUUGUUAUCACACCCAGAUUCAAGGACAUCGGUGUUAAUAAAGAGUAAUAGAAAUGUUUUUUUUUCUGUAAAUCUCUAAGGCUCAAAUGUAAGACCUGAUUGUUGAUCGAUAAUGACAGCCCUACUUUUUAUUGGAGUUCACCAGAACAGGUUAAAGUCAACUUAAAUGACCUUUCUGCAGUUUACGGAGGGCUUACAAUGAAGAAGGGCUAUUUAUUUUGAAAAACAACGUUGUUUGAAACACAUUUUAAGUUUAAGCAUGACAAUAAGAAAUAGCACACACUUACCUUGAGGUGCUGCUACAUUAGUAUCAUCUAAGGGGUUGACAAUUCCAGGAUAGUCUUUGCCAAAUGAAAGAUGUUUGAUGAAAUGUGUCAUGUUGAUCUGUGGUCAAACAAAACAAAAUCAUUAAAUUUUGGUCUAAUAUUCUGAGCAAACACAAGAGCAAUCUUAUUGAAGAAGAGAACUGAACAACUCACAUUGUCUAGGCCAAAGCUUUGCAGAUCAUGAACUGAAAAUAAAGCAAAUUGAAAAAUAUGAAUAAGUGUUUGCAAUGAUGACAAACAUAUCAAUGCA